AUGGUUUCCAAUACCGUGAUCAUUACGGCAGGCUACCAAAACGCGACCGAAAACGGCGCUCUGGAGCGAAUUCGAGAAUUUUUAGAGGCAACGGUGUUGAAGCGUUUUGAGGUUACUGAAGAGAGGCCUUUGAAGCUUGUGGCAUUGCCCGCGAUGAACAGAUGUGUUCUGGUUUGUCCAUCGCUUGAGCUGGCAGAGCAAACAGUGCUGUUGCACUCGCAAUGGCCGUCGUUAAAUGGGUUUAAAUUCCAAUAUUCCGCUAUAGAUGUGUCUGGCUCAGCUGAGAAACAGUAUUUAGAGCUACCGAAAGAACGUGCGCUGUUCUUGGUAUCUCCACCAACAUCCCCACCACCAGGGUUCGAUUAUUCACGUCUGGAAGAAGCACCCAACCGUGUUCGUGGGCUACAAGCCUCGGGACACGUGCCCGAGGCUUUUCAACCUCGCGAUCAUCACCACAAGCUCACGGGUGAAUCUCAAAAGAUUCUUCUACACCACUCCCAUACUUCUAUUACCCUUGAGCAAUGCGAUCAGGAUCCUGUUACAGCAAGAAUGACACCAGAAGAUGUUUCCGUGCGUAGUGAUCAGGAUUUCAAUGGUUCACAAUUGCCAUCAUCAAUCUCUCAAUUCCGAACUGCCGUACCGCCGCGUUCGAUAUUCGAUGAUAUUGACUGA